UGGCCUCCCGCUCGCGCCGCGCACGCUUGUCCCAGCAGCUUGCGACAGUUGAGCGGAUGGAGCGUAUGAGGUGUUCAAGAGGCCGUGUGGUUGCCAAGAGGUCUCACCGUAUUCAUAUGUUGAUGCGACGGCGUCGACGAGCUGCAAUCCGUAGCCAUGUUGGCUCAAGUGGACUUCGAGCUUCGAGCCGUUGUGCCAGAGGCUACCGGACGCUAGAUCCCAGCGCGCCGGCCUACACACAUCUUCUCACUACUGCAUCCGUAUACUCGAUGAUGCGCGCGCUGUCCCCGUGGCCGCUGGCGCUCUGGCCGCUGCGCACGAGCCAGGGCCUGGCGACGACGGCCUCGGGCGUGACCUCGCUGGCCGCGGGCUCGGAGACGCCCUCGCCUCUGCAGAGAUUCACCUACUUGGGCUGUGGUGCGGUACUUCCGCAAUGGUCAUGCAAGAGGGACUCGGAGACAUACUAUGUCGAUUGUACUUGGACUCUGACUGGUUCGGCCGACUCUCAAGCUGAGCAGUGUGCUGGAAGAUGCUCUGACCUUCAAGGGUAUGUUGCCUUCUCCGUGCAGGACGCAACGUCUUGCCUCUGCCUCAAGACCCUGCCAGAACCUGCGGAUGUCUCUACGCGUGCUUCAUCUUGUACCAGUUCCAGUCUCGUGUACACUUUGGGUCAGGAUCAGAGCGCCACUGGCGAGCAGGCCACCGACGCGACGGACACCCAGGAGACCGUUGCCAGCGAGAACGACACCAGGGGCGUGGUCGCUCGAGGUCACUCUCGCGACGAGCCUGCCGCCGAGGGGGGCGCCACCAAGGACACCGAGCUGCCCGAGCUCGCCCCGCUCGCUCCAGAGCAGAGCGCCGCGCUCGCUCCAGAGCAGAGGGCCGAGCGCGACCGCACACGGCCCGUCGGGCACGGGGCCGAGGCGAAGGCGACGGAGGCCGAGGAGGCGCCCCGCCGCUGGGUCGACGACGGCUGCCGCUCGGAGGACAGACUCCCGGCCGACUUCCUGGGGGCGUACGUGCCGGAGGCCCGGGCCGCGGCCUUCGCGCGCUGCUGCGCGGGGGACGGCGCGUCCUGCACGUCGCCCCAGAGGUGCAACAGGGAGGCGCCGGGGACGUAUGCCGCGGCCGCGGCCACGUGUCGUGACCUGGGCCUCCGCCUGUGCACCAGCCACGAGCUCCUGUCCGACGUCUGCUGCGGCACCGGCGGCGACUGCGACAACUACCCGGCGUGGACGAGCAGUGCGGCGCCGGGCAAUGACACCAUGGAGGGCGCCACCAAGGAUAAUAACGGCUCCCAGAAGGCAACGGGCAAGACCACGCUCCCCAAGGCCGAGCCGACCUUCCACCUUCCUCCGGCUGACUUGUUGGCGGGGCCGAAGAUUUUCGUGGCAUGGUUGAUCUCUGGCCAGGUGCCUCGCUUCAUCUACAAGGAUUCCGCCAAGUACAUUGACGGAGGUCUCCAGGCAUGGUCCGGAUGUGCUCAGACCGCCAACCACGAUUGCCCAGUUCUUGUAGACGUACACAUCGCUUUGUCCCGCACGCAUGCAAAACAUUUCUUCGGACCGAAUUACCGCAUGCCAUAUGAGGAGUGGACGUGGGAUAACAACACAGGCGUGGGUGGCCAUGGUCCGAAUGAGUCGAUCCUCGAGGGUCAUUUCAAGAUGUUGGGUGCCAACAUGGUCCGCGCCACUAUCAUCGAAGAAGAGCAGUUCAACACGACUAUCACGAAAGUUCGCGAGGACGUCGUGGCCAAGGCGAAGGCAGAGAGCGGUAUGGAACCAGAGGCGUUCGACAAGUUCUGGGGGGAUAUCCAGCGCAUGGGCACCAUGCGAUUCAUAGACAACGGCAACAUGAUGUACAUGCGCCACUUGGCCUACAAGUCCGCCGCAGAGGCCGAGGAGGGCCUGGGCUACAAGUACACGCACGUCCUUUACACGCGCGAGGACAACGUCUUCGUGCACCCGUCCUACACCCUGCUCCAGCUCGCCCGGGGCCUGGACAACGGCGCCGAGCCUUCUCAGGCGCCCGCAUCGAUGCUGGUGGACGUUCACUGUGGCUUCAAGGCCUGGUCCGACAAGAUGUACUUCGGCAAUCGGCGGGGCAUCGACAUCCUGUUUGCUGGGACGCGCGAUGGUCACAUCUCCCUGCUGGCGUCGUGGAUCAACCAGGCGCCGACGGCCAGGAUCCACAACGACCCCCUGAAGACCGAAGAGUGGUUCGAGAGGCGGCUCAAAGAGGCCCGCGCAAAUGUGUCGACGUUCGACUUCCUCCGGACAGAGGCACGAUACGUGAGCAUCGGCAAGGAGCCGUGCACCACCAGGAUGUACCGCAAAUGCUCCUCUGUUGGCGAGACAUUCAGGGAAUGCCUGAUGAGGAACGCGUAGAGUUUCAGAACCACCUGUGCACGAAGGGUGCCUCGGGAUGGCCAAUGUUAUGUCCUAUCGCACCGGGACACCUUCUGGGGCGCGAGAUCGAGGGGGACGAGGAGGUACUACUUCUCGGGUGGGGGUGCAACGGACGUCGGUCCAGAUUGCCCCGUGGCUGCCCAUUGCGGUGUUGAUUGUUGCACGUGUUUACUUUUGCUUUCCGUUUGCCUUGAGGGACGAUGGGCUGGCUCGUUUGAAAAAUGGACGACCCAGCGAGCCUUGCCGAUUCCAUUCCCACAGUGGGCAGCAAGACGGAGGAAC